UGCGGUAACCGCUAGACCAUAGCCCUCCGCUCCCAGUGUCCCAUCCUCGCUGCCCCCGCCGCGCCCUUCCCUGGCGGCGCCGGCGCCGGUAGCCAUGCUCCUGGUCCAGAAACAACACGUCCCCCUCUCCGUCCCACCCCGUGCGACGGUCGCGCUCCUCUCGUUGCGACAACAAUGCCGUCUCCCCACGACCCGACUCUCCACCACCACCGCCGCCGCUGGCAGCUCGGCUAACCGCGCCCCCUUCGCCGUCGAGGACUACCUCGUCGCCACCUGCCACCUCACCCCGGCGCAGGCCCUCAAGGCGUCCAAGGUCCUCUCCCACCUCAAGUCCCCCUCCAGGCCCGACGCCGUGCUCGCCUUCCUCUCCGGCCUCGGCCUCUCCGACACCGACAUCGCCGCCACCAUCGCCUACGACCCGAAACUCCUCUGCUCCGAGGUAGAGCGGACGCUAGCCCCGCGUCUCGCUGAGCUCCGGGACCUCGGCCUCUCCCCGUCCCAGAUUGCUCGCCUCGUCCUGGUCGACCCCGCCCGCUUCCGCCGCCCCACCGUCGUCUCCAAGCUGCAGUACUACGUCCCCCUCUUCGGCUCCUUCGAGAACCUGCUUCAGGCCCUCAAGAGCAACUCCUACCUCCUCAGUUCCGACCUCGAGCGGGUGGUCAAGCCCAACGUCACGUUCCUGAUGGAGUGCGGGCUAGAUGCUUGUGAUAUUGCCAAGCUGUCCCUCCCCGUGCCGAGGCUGCUCACCACCAAUCCGGAACGCGUCCGGGCGAUGGUAGUGCGCGCCGAGGCUGUUGGUGUGCCCCGUGGCUCUGGGAUGUUCAGGCACGCGCUGCUGGCCGUCGCGUUCCUCAGCGAGGAGAAGAUCGCCGCGAAGGUGGAGUUCUUGAAGAAGACAUUCCGGUGGUCGGAUGCCGAGGUGGGCAUUGCGGUUUCCAAGCUGCCGUUGGUGCUGAAGCACUCCAAGGACCGGCUGCGCCGCAUGUCGGAUUUCCUGAUCACCCAGGUCGGGUUGGAGCCAGAGUACAUAGCUCACAGGCCGGCAUUGCUUACAUAUAGCUUAGAGCGCCGUCUCAUGCCCCGCCACUAUGUUGUGAAGUUCCUUAAGGCAAAUGGAUUGUUGGAGCACGACCGGAGCUACUAUACCGCUGUCCAAGUGAGCGAAAAUGUCUUCAUGGAAAAGUUCAUAUGUCCUUACAAGGAAGCUGCACCAAGCCUCGCUGAAGACUAUGCUGCAGCUUGCAGUGGGGAAGUGCCCACUCUAUUCAUGUUUCAGGAAUCGAGCAUGCUCGGCUUGUCAAGUGUUUAACUGUUUAGUGCACAGCAAUGUUUUGACACUGAGCAGUAAGCUGGUACUUAUGUUUCAGUCUUCUUGCCUAAAUAUAGUGUGUUUGCUAAAUGCUGGUUCAGUUGUGGCUAACACCCAAUGGAACUGGUUUUUUGAUUCCUGAAUCCUGAUUGUAGACUUGUCUUCUGGUAAAGAAGAUUGGCAUAGUUAUGACCAUGACUA